AUGCAGUCCUCUCAGGAUUAUGUACCCCCACCCGUCUCCAACACCGUCUAUGCUCUCCACGACGAUGGGCCAGUCCCACAGCCUGUUAUAGAGAAACAGGAGGUUUCUGCUGCCCCCAUCGCGACUGAAACAGAGGCAAACCCCACUCCUGCGCCAGUGCACACCACCACCAAAGUCGAGCCUAGCAACAACCCCAACACCUACCUCAACCCGCUCGUGGAGCACCCGAACGGCUCAGAGGGGUGGCUUCCCGCAGAGGACGUGCCCAAUACCACUACCACUACCACGCACACUGCAGGCCAUGGCGCCGCGAAUCUGACCAGUAGCAACCCACCAAGCGGCAAAGCCUCCCCGACCGCGUUCAACACCCACACCCGGCACGCUACCGGCGGGACGACGUUCACCACCAGCAGCGCGGGUGGUGGAGGCUCGAUCAGGCGCUCGACCUCGCGGCGCAGUGCGCAUACUGCGAGCGACGGGCGUUUGAUUUCUGGCUCGGCGUUUGUGAAUGGCGCGGGGACGACGGGGCCGUAUGCUACGGCUGAGUCGGGGGAGGAUGUGAUUGUGCGCACGAAAGAGGCGAAUGCGAUGCUUACGCCGAAGCAGAAGUCGAAGAUUGCAAAGGAAGAUGCGAAGAAUGGGAGGAGGUUGUCGAAAAUUAUUAAACAAGAAGCCAAGACGGAGAAAAAGUCACUUGAGAUUGCAAUCAAGGAACUUGAUAAUUUGCAGCAGUUGCAAAAGAAUGCUGUCAAGAGCGAAGCACGCGUGCAAGUAUCGCACGGAAAACUUAUACACGCGUUCAAAAAGGCCGAAGCAGCAUAUCUCAACGCGAAGAUGAAAUAUGAAACAGCUCAAGCCGAGCUCAAUUCAGAGGCAGAGACGCUCGAACUGCUCAGAGCUGCCGCCCGCGAGGCAACGCAAAGUGUGCAGGACAAGAGCGCGGAGGUGGACGCGCUCAGGCAGACCCUCGCGUUAGAUGAGAGGGAGAGGGAGGUGAGACUUGGUGAGUUGAAGGGUGUCAAGAGGAACAGUUUCUGGAAGUGA